AUGACAAACACAGGUGUCUUUGGAAAUACAAAGCUUGGACAUGAUUUCAGGUUUAGGGCUACCAAACUCAGAGAUGACUUUUAUGACUUUCUUGGGUUUACCAGGAAAGAUCCAGAUUACCUGAAGCUCUGGUUGGAUAGUUUUGUUUCUAGCUAUGAACAGUUUUUGGAUGUGGACUUUGAGAAGCUGCCAACAAGGGUGGAUGACAUUCCUCCAGGAAUAUCACUGCUUCCUGAUAACAUUCUUCAGGUCCUCAGGCUCCAGCUGCUACAGUGUGUCCAGAAAAUGUCAGAUGGACUAGAAGAGCAGCAGCAGGCUCUGUCACUUUUACUUGUGAAAUUCUUUAUCAUCCUUUGCAGAAAUUUGGCUAAUGUGGAGGAGAUCGGGAUGUGUUCAUACAUUAACCAUGUUAUCACCAUGACUACGUUAUACAUUCAACAGUUAAAAAGUAAAACAAAAGAAAAAGAAGUGGCAGAUCAGACUCCCAUAGAAGAAUUUGUGAGACACGCAUUGGCUUUUUGUGAAAGUCUCUACGAUCCAUAUCGAAACUGGAGGCAACGAAUUGCAGGACGUUUCCUUAAUACAGUUGAAAAGAGCAGACAGAAGUAUAAACCAGCUUCCCUCACUGUUGAGUUUGUCCCUUUCUUUUACCAAUGCUUUCAAGAAAGUGAACAUCUCAAAGAAAGCCUAAAAUGUUGUCUGCUACAUCUCUUUGGAGCUAUUGUAGCUGGUGGUCAGAGGAAUGCUCUUCAAGCAGUAUCUCCUGCCACCAUGGAAGUCUUGAUGCGUGUUUUAGCAGACUGUGACAACUGGGAUGACAGGAACCCUGAGGAAGUGAGCAGGAAGGCAGAGCUGACUCUGAAGUGCCUGACAGAAGUUGUCCAUAUCCUUCUAACCAGCAGCUCUGACCAGCGGCAAGUGGAGACGAGUACAAUAUUGGAGAACUAUUUCAAGUUACUUAAUUCAGACCAUUCAGCUUUACCUAAUUCAAGGCGAUGCAGGCAGUGGGAGAGCAGGUUCAUAGCACUACAAAUCCAAAUGCUGAAUACCAUCACAGCCAUGUUAGACUGCACAGAUAGGCCUGUUCUGCAGGCAAUUUUCCUUAACAGUAACUGCUUUGAGCAUCUCAUUCGACUGUUACAGAACUGCAAGCUGUUUUUAAAUGCUAACAAUAAAGUGGCAGACAAGAGUGAGAAAGACCUUGCCAACAAAUUACUGACAGAAAUGAAUGAGGACCAGGUGUUUCAGGGACACAUAGACCGCUUGGCAGUAUCAACCAUUCAAGCCCUCACAGCAGUAAUGCACAAGUCUCCAGCUGCUAAGGAGGUCUUCAAGGAAAGGAUUGGUUAUUCACACAUAUAUGAGGUACUAAAAUCACUGGGUCAGCCCUCACAGGAAUUGCUGGAAGAACUCAUGAAUAUGGCUGUUGAAGGUGACCACAUGGCUGUUGGGCUACUAGGCAUUAGUAAUGUCCAGCCUUUAUUGCUGCUUAUCCAGUGGCUUCCAGAACUCGAGUCACAUGACCUGCAGAUUUUCAUCUCAAAUUGCUUGAGGCGAAUCUGCUGUAUUAACAGACAGAGUCGUGCCACGUGUGUCAAUGCGAACAUGGUCAUCCGUAUCAUUGAGACACUAAAUUCCCACUCCGCGCUCCAUUGUACUUGUGCAGAGAACCUGAUUGCCAUUCUAGGCUCUUUGGGGAGCCAGUCAAUGGGCUCAGAAGAGCUGCUCCAACUAAUACGGCUCCUGAGGACUGAGGAACCAAAACGAGCUCACCCCUAUGUUGUUCCAGUGAUGCGAGCCAUUCUAGCAAUGGCCCGGAAGCAGGGCAUGGCUAGUGCCUUGCAGUAUUUCAACUUGUACCACAGCAUGGCUGGAAUUGCUGUUCCAUCGAUUCAUAAGUGGCCAGGCUCUGCAUUUUCUUUCAACGCUUGGCUCUGCCUUGACCAGGACAGCGUGGACCCUAGCACAACUAGCAAAAGUGGCAAGAGGAAGCAACUCUAUAGCUUUUUUACAGGAAGUGGUAUGGGUUUUGAAGCAUUUAUUACGUACUCUGGGGUAUUGGUGGUUGCAGUUUGCACAAAGAGGGAAUAUGCAACAGUGAUGCUGCCUGACCAUUGUUUUUUUGACUCUCUCUGGCACAACAUAACUAUUGUUCACAUGCCUGGAAAGAGGCCCUUUGGUCAGAGCCUUGUGUACAUCUAUGUCAAUGGACAGCAGAAGGUUUCUGCUCCACUUCGAUUCCCCGCCAUGAAUGAAUCCUUUAUUUCUUGCUGCAUUGGUUCAGCUGGUCAAAGAACAACAACUCCUCCUCCAUCUCAGAUACCGGAUCCACCUUUUUCCUCCCCUGUUAUGCCCCAUCGGACAUCACUUGGGGGCAUUCUCUCUACAGGAAGUUGGGGUGGGAUGCUUGGAAAACCAGAGCUUAUCACUAAGAUGAUCUCAGCAGGGACUCAGGACAGCGAAUGGGGAUGUCCAACAUCUUUGGAGGGCCAACUUGGAUCAGUUAUCAUCUUUCAUGAAGCACUGCAACCUCCUCAGGUGAAAGCAUUAUAUUUAGCAGGCCCAAACUGUUUAACUCCAUGGAAGUCUCAAGAGGCUGAAGUAGCAGAUCUCCCCAGUAAGGUGCUGCUUCAUUAUACACCAAAGGCCUGCAGAAACCCAAUUUGUCUUGACCUGUCUGCAAAUCUUUUACAUGGAAGACUAACUGGAAACAAAGUAGUGAACUGGGACAUCAAGGAUAUGAUCAACUGUAUUGGUGGAGUAAAUGUACUGUUUCCAUUGCUGGAGCAGAUCAGUUUUCUUGGUGGACAGACGCCUGAGAAGCCUGAAGGGGAAACUCUGCCUUCAGAACUAGUUACUCCUGUAGAGGAAGACUGGGUGGUAUUGUCAUCCACAAAGGCAUCAGAAGCACGCUUGGAGAAGAACAUUGUUGCAACUUUCAUCUUGAUGAUAAAACACUUUAUUCAGAGACACCAUGUUAAUCAAGAAAAUCUCAUUCACUCCCAUGGAGUUGCCACCCUAGGAGCCUUGUUGCAGAAGGUGCCAAGCAACUUAAUGGAUGUGAAUGUACUGAUGGCUGUACAGUUGUUGAUAGAACAAGUCUCAGUAGAAAAGAACAUGCAGCUUUUGCAACAGAUGUAUCAACACUUACUUUUUGACUUCAGUAUCUGGAACAGUGGAGACUUCCCCUUCAGAAUUGGGCAUGUACAAUAUCUUUCUACAAUCAUCAAAGACAGCAGAAGACUCUUCAGAAAGAGAUAUGGUGUGCAGUUUCUUUUAGACACACUGAGGAUUUAUUAUGGUGGCUGUAAAGACACUGAUUUGGCUCCUGAUGACCUGAGAACAAUACGGACAUCCCUCUAUGGACUGAUCAAAUAUUUCCUGAGCAAAGGUGGAACACAUGAAGAAAUACAGAGCAUUGUAGGAUACAUAGCUGCCACCAGUGAAGAGGAGCAGCUCUGUGGAAUUCUGGACGUUCUCUUCAGCCUACUUCAUUCCAGCCCAACCCCAGACCAGCUUUUUUUACUGCUUUUUGAGCCAGGGAAUGCUGAUAUUCUUUAUGCUCUGUUAUUGCAUCAAAGAUACUCUGACAGGCUUAGAGAACUUGUGUUCAAGAUUGUGGAAGAGAUGCUGAAAUGUACUAAAGUUUAUGAACGUAGUAAGCACCGUAUGAGACUCAGAGAAGUGGGAUACUCUGGACUGGGGCUGCUUCUGAAUGAAUCGCCAGUUACUGUUUCUUUCAUUAAAAACCUUCUUAACCAAGUUCUGUAUGCAGAUCCUGCUGUGAAUUAUAAAGAUCUCAUAGCUGUAGUGCAUCUGGCUCAUAGAUCAGAUAUAAACGUGAGAGUGGUUAUCUGUAGAAAGGUUUUGCACCUUUUGCAUUCCCAAUUGGAUGCAGCACAACAGAUUUCUCAGCAGCUGGGCUGGCAGGACACUUUGAUUAGACUGUUCCUGAAAGAAAACUCAGACGUCCGGAUUGGCUUUAAAGAGAGCAGGGCGGAUUCCUCAAGGGAAGAGGAAAAAAAGCCUUCUGCUGAAGAGCUUCAGAAACAUCAACCUGAUAAGACAGAGGGAGACAAAACUGGCAGCUUUGCAUCUGUUAAUGGUUUGUUUGACCAGUGGAGCUUAGAAGACAACAAAUCCCUGGAUGUCCCGGCUCAUUUCUCUGUUAUGCCACUGGAAGAUGCAUCCACAGCAGAGAUGUCCUUUAGGUCGGAGGACCGAGAAGAAUUGUGGCACAGUAAUCCUUCACAUUUGAGUUUAGAUCUGUCCAGUGUUGACUCUUACGAGUUGGCUGACAUUGUGAAUCAGAUGACAGAUAGCCAGCCCAGCACACCAUCACCUAUAGAGAACACAAAACCAUUCUCUGGGCAGCCUGACAAAGAGCUGGGUGUUUUAAGUGAUGUGAGCUUCACCGCUGAUCUUUCUUUAUUUGAAAACCAAGGAGGGGGUGAUAAAGAACUCGUACGGUUACUUACAGACAUUCUACUGUGUAUAAUGUGGAAAGGCAUUGAAAAAUCUGAUGAUGCUGCUUGGAUUGAGAGAGGACAGGUGUUUUCUGCACUGACCAAACUGGGGAUAUCUAAUGAGUUGUUGCGACCGUCUGAUGAAAUAAAACUCAACUUGCUCGAGAAGAUGUUAGAAUGGUCAGUCACUGAUAACAGAGAUUCAAAAGCUCUCCCUACGCAUGCUGAAAAUGCCUUCAAGCUCUUGCUAAUUGUACAAGAUUUCCUGCAGGCAGAAGGACUAGUUAAUUCGAAUUUAUGGACAGAAAAGCUCUUGGAAGAACUAGUGACUCUCAUGGAUAGCCUGUCAGUCUGGUACUCUGCUGGCCUAGAAGCGAUCAGGCUUUCACAGGUGCAAGUCCAGUUGCUCCUUGGAUUCAUUGCACAAGAUAAUUUACAGGUCUGUGCUAUGGCAGCAGCUAAACUAAACACCCUCCUUCAGACCAAAGUAAUUGAGAGUCAACCUGAAGCAUGCUACCUCUUGGGAAAGCUGGAAGGCAUCUUGAGCAGAUCAAUUGAAGAGAAGACAGAAACUUACUCAUUUUUGAUUCCCCUUGUUCGGACAUUGGUAUCCAAGAUUUAUGAACUUCUCUUCAUGAACCUGCAUCUCCCUUCAUUGCCUCCCACCAAUGGCAGCCCAUCUUUCUUUGAGGACUUCCAAGAAUACUGCAGCUCUGAUGAGUGGCAAGUUUAUAUUGACAAAUAUAUUAUUCCAAAUAUGAAGCAGUAUGAAGAGAAUUCAUUCAGACAUGAUCACGAGCAGAUGGCACUUUAUUGGAAAGAUUGUUAUGAAGCAUUUAUGGUGAACAUGCACAAGCGAGACCGGGAGAGGGGAGAAAGUAAGCUUAAAUUUCAGGAGCAUUUUGUGGAACCAUUCAGCAGAAAAGCUCGACAGGAAAAUCUGCGGUACAACAGUAUGCUAAAGCAACUUAAUAGUCAACACACAGCUACUAUGAGACAGUGGAGAGCAGCCCAGCUUUACUUGCUCUCUGAACGUGGUCCUUGGUGUGAAAUGAAACAGCAUCUUAUUCACUGGAAACUUUCAAAUGUGGAAAAUUUUUCCCGUAUGAGACUAAAACUAGUGCAGAAUUACAACUUCAACUCUCAUCAGGAUGCUAGUGACCUGAGAGAUAAUUUAGGUGUGCACCAGACACAGCCCUCUAGUGAGUCUCUGCUUCUGGAGGCAGUGAAGCAGGUGAAAGUGAGUGAUUUGGAAGAUGAUAUUCUUGAACUACCAGAGGAAGACACAGCAGCCAGUUCCAAUUUGGAUGAGAAGGACGAGCAAAGUCAGAAAGAAAAACUAAUAUUGUCUGAAGACUGUGAACUCAUUACAGUAAUUGAUGUGAUACCUGGCAGGCUGGAGAUCACUACCCAGCACAUCUAUUUCUUUGACAGCAGCAUUGAAAAAGAGGAAGGGGUAGGUUUUGAUUUCAAGUGGCACCUUUCUCAAAUUCGAGAGAUACAUUUGCGUCGGUACAACCUGAGGAGGUCAGCUUUGGAGAUCUUCCUUACAGAUCAAACCAACUACUUCCUCAACUUCAAUAAGGAGGUACGAAAUAAAGUAUAUAGUCGAAUAUUGUCACUGCGUUCUCCAAAUAUUUCUGGGACCAGAUCUCCGCAGGAACUUUUUAAAGCUUCAGGUUUGAUGCAGAAAUGGGUGAAUAGAGAAAUAUCCAACUUUGACUACCUUAUUCAGCUGAACACAAUGGCAGGACGAACUUACAAUGACCUUGCUCAAUAUCCUGUGUUCCCCUGGAUUUUACGAGAUUAUACUUCAGAAGAACUGGACCUGAAUAAUCCUGCAGUCUUUCGGGAUCUGUCCAAACCCAUAGGGGUGGUAAAUGAGAAGAAUGCUAAGGCUGUGAAAGAGAAAUAUGAGAAUUUUGAGGAUCCCCUUGGGAUAAUUGACAAAUUUCACUAUGGGACACAUUAUUCAAAUGCUGCUGGUGUCAUGCAUUAUCUCAUUCGGGUAGAACCUUUCACAACACUUCAUAUCCAGCUUCAAAGUGGCAGAUUUGACUGUGCUGACAGGCAGUUCCACUCUAUUCCUGCUACCUGGCAGGCGCUCAUGGACAACCCCAAUGAUGUCAAGGAACUUAUCCCAGAGUUCUUCUACUUCCCGGAGUUCCUGGAGAAUCAAAAUGGUUUUAACUUAGGUCAGCUUCAAAUAUCCAAAGAGGUGGUAAAUGAUGUUGUUCUCCCCAAAUGGGCCCACUCCCCAGAAGACUUCAUUUAUAAACACAGGAAGGCUCUGGAAUCUGAGUACGUUUCUGCUCAUCUUCAUGAAUGGAUAGAUUUAAUUUUUGGCUACAAGCAGAGGGGACCAGCUGCAGUGGAGGCACUCAAUGUGUUCUAUUAUUGUACUUAUGAAGGGGCUGUGGAUUUGGAUGCUUUAACAGAUGAGAAAGAAAGGAAAGCUUUAGAAGGCAUGAUAAACAAUUUUGGGCAAACACCCUGUCAGCUGUUAAAGGAGCCCCAUCCGCAAAGGCUGUCAGCAGAAGAGGUAGUGCAAAGACUAACUAAAAGUGAUACCUCUACUCUGAAUCUCUUCCAACACCUCACUGAACUGAAGUCCUUCUUCAUAGAGGGGAUCAGUGAUGGUGUGCCCAUCGUCAAAGCUGUUGUCCCCAGGAAUCAGUCACGUUCCUUUAUUUCUCAGGGAAGCCCGGAGAUCUUGGUAACGGCAAGUCUGAACUGUGUUAUUGGAACUCAUGGUUGGCUACCUUAUGAUAAAAAUAUCUCCAACUAUUUUACAUUCAUCAGAGAUACCACAGUGACAAAUCCAAAAACGCAACGCAACAUGAGUGGUCCUUUUGCACCGGGGCUGGAGAUCACCUCUAAGUUGUUUGCAGUAUCCCAUGAUGCAAAACUGCUCUUUAGUGGAGGACACUGGGACAAUAGCAUCAGAGUGACAUCUCUUACAAAAGGCAAGCUGAUUGGACAGCACAUCAGGCACAUGGAUAUUGUGACCUGCUUGGCAAUAGACUACUGUGGAAUUCAUUUAAUUUCAGGCUCCAGAGAUACUACCUGUAUGAUAUGGCAAAUAGUUCAGUAAGGAGGAGUGCCUGUAGGCCUGGCACCUAAGCCAUUACAGAUCCUUUAUGGGCAUACUGAUGAAGUUUCGAGUGUUGGCAUCAGCACUGAGCUGGAUAUGGCAGUGUCAGGAUCCAGGGAUGGGACUGUAAUUGUCCGCACUAUUCGGAAAGGUCAGUACGUGAGGACUUUGCGACCACCUUGUGAGAGUUCUCUCCUGCUGACUGUUCCCAAUCUGGCCGUGUCCUGGGAAGGCCAUAUAGUUGUCCACACCAGCGUAGAAGGAAAGACUACUCUUAAGGAUAAGAAUGCAUUACAUCUCUAUUCUGUCAAUGGAAAAUAUCUGGGUUCUGAGACUCUGAAGGAGGAAGUGUCAGAUAUGUGUGUGACUGGAGAGUAUAUUGUGAUGGGCAGCUUACAGGGAUUUCUUUCCAUACGGGAUCUCUACAGCCUGAGUCUGAGCAUCUCCCCCUUAGCCAUGAGACUGCCAAUUCAUUGCAUUUCUGUCACCAAAGAGUACAGCCACAUCCUUGUUGGCUUGGAGGACGGCAAGUUGAUUAUCGUUGGUGUUGGCAAGCCAGCAGAGAUGCGCUCAGGUCAGCUUUCCCGAAAGCUGUGGGGAUCAAGCAAACGGCUCAGCCAGAUUUCAUCAGGAGAGACUGAAUAUAACACUCAAGAUUCCAAGUGA